AGGGAGAGUGCCUAGGGUCAUGGCACUGAUGGACGUUUUGUAGUACUAUAGUCAUGGGUGCGUUGAAAUAUGUUGUACUUGCACUGACUUUGAUUGUAUUUGCACCUUCCCUUUCUCAAUCUCAGCUUUCUACCACCUUCUACAGCAGCACAUGUCCGUCAGUCACUGAUACCGUGAAAUCCAUCGUCCGAUCGGCGAUCAACAGGGAGAAGAGGAUGGGAGCUUCACUUCUACGGCUCUUCUUCCAUGAUUGCUUUGUCGUGGGGUGUGAUGGUGGGGUCCUACUAGAUGAUAAUCUGCCAGCCAUAGAUAGCGAGAAGAACUCACUUCCAAAUAAAGACUCGCUAAGAGGAUUCGAGGUGAUUGACAAGAUCAAGGAUGCGGUCGACAAAGCUUGUGCUGGACCUGUGGUCUCUUGUGCUGACAUUCUUGCCAUUGCAGCCCGUGACUCGGUCGUCGAGCUGGGAGGUCCACGAUGGGAAGUGAACCUCGGAAGAAAGGAUGCAAGGACUGCAAGCAGAGCUGGUGCGAACAACCUCCCAUCUCCAUUUGCUAGCCUUCAAGACACCAUCGACAAAUUCAUUGCCAAAGGCUUCACAGCCAGAGAAAUGGUUGCACUAUCUGGGGCCCACUCAAUUGGCAUGGCCCAGUGUUCUUCGUUCCGUGAUCACUUGUACAAUAGCACCAACCUCGAGACCCUGGUAGCGUCCGAUCGAAAAUCCAGGUGCCCAUCAACCGGUGGGGACAACAUCCUCUCCUCGAUGGACCAUCAGAGCCCGAAUCGCUUUGGCAACAACUAUUUCCAGGGUCUUGUCAAGCGGCGCGGGCUGUUGCGGUCCGAUCAAGAGCUCUUCAAUGGUGGAUCUGUUGAUGAUGUCGUCAAGAUCUACAGCCAGGAUUCACAGACCUUCUACACUGAUUUUGCUAAUGCUAUGAUCAAGUUGGGGAAUGUAAAUCCUCUCACAGGAGACAAAGGGGAGAUAAGGAAGAACUGUAGAAAACUAAACUAAGCUUAUAUAGUAAUGUUCACAUGCAAAAGAUAGGCUGCGUUGUAAAGAUCACAUCAAAAGUGCCACGCCACCAAAUCAAUGGACAGCUGAUGAUCAUACUCAGUUUUAAGUGAAUGGCCCACCUUUUGAAUGGCUUAAAUGUUCCAAUGAAGGGCUAGCUGUAUUUUAAAGUUGAUAUACUACAUUGUAUGCGAACAUUUCUCAAGCUUAUAAGAUACUUAAAUGUGCAUGUAAUAUGUUCGAUUAUGUAGUUAUUUAGUAGUUAA